AUGGAAAGUGACAUCUGUACAGUACCGGGCCAAGUUAAAUUUUUCAAUAAAGAUCCACAAGAACUAUCAAAAGAAGACAUCGUACAUCAACACCUUAAUACCCUUCAAGAAUGGGAAGAUUUUUAUUACACGUACUCCCAAUGGAUGGGGUUUAGUGUUAAAAAAGAAGAUGUUCGCCGUGAGAAGACCGAUAACUCAGAGUGGCAAAGAAAAUGGGUUUGCUCGAAACAGGGCUUCAGAAGAGAGAAGUGGAAAAACCUAACUAACCGAAAGAAAACACCCAGAGCCAUUACCAGGACAGGUUGUCUCGCAGUACUCCGAGUAAACUUGGAUAGGUCGGAUAACACGUGGGUGGCGAAAGACUUUAACCCAAUUCAUAAUCAUGACCUAGCUGCAAAGACAGAGCUACAUUUCCUGCGAUCCAACCGAGCUAUACCAGAAUGUAUAGGUGCACAGGUCAUUUCAAUGAGACGAUCGGGCAUACGCACUUGCCAUAUAUUAAAUCAUCUAGCACGAGAAAGGGGAGGACGUGAGAAUCUUCCAUUCAUGAAAAAUGAUCUUUAUAAUUGGAUUGGUCACCAAAGACGACAGGAAGCAGAAGAAGGGGAAACAGACGCUGAAGGUGCACUCGGUUACCUAGAAUGUCUCGGUUUGCGUGACCCUGAUUUCUAUGAAACACACACAAUUGACAAGGACUUCAGAUUGGCAGACCUGUUCUGGGCUGAUGGAAAUUGUCGUAGAGAUUACAAUUUGUUCGGCGAAAUCAUGGCUUUUGACACGACAUAUAGGAAAAAUGCAUACAACAAACCAUUACUAAUCUUCGUCGGGGUGAACCAUCAUUUCAGAAUAAUUGUUUUUGCAGUUGCAUUGUUAUACGAUGAGACGGAGGAGACAUACAUAUGGGUUUUACAAGAAUUCUUAGAGUGCAUGAAAAACAAGGCACCGCAUGUUAUUGUCACCGACGGAGACCACGCUAUGGCAAACGCAAUAAAGGUAGUCAUGCCGCAGUCAGUCCACCGUUUGUGUGCGUGGCACCUUCAGGCCAACUUAACCAGCAAUGCACCUCACCCACUUUUCAAGGCAAAAUUCAACGAGCUCCUUUAUCAAUAUUGUACCGAGGAACAGUUUGAGGAUACUUGGAACAAUAUGGUCUCAGAAUUCCAUCUUCAAGAAAGUCGCUGGGCAAAAACAACUUACGCCAACCGUAAAAGUUGGGCUAAGUGUUUCCUUCAGGGAAACUUCUUCGUGAGUCUUACAACCACCCAAAGGUCCGAGUCAAUCAAUUCCUACCUAUCGCACUUCCUAACGAGCAAACUUAAGCUUAGGGAUCUUGUCGGCUAA